AUGCGAUUUCUCAAGAAAUUACACGGCUCGUGCAAUGUUAUGAUUGCAAUUGAGGCAUUUUGCGAGAUUCUUUUUCAGUCUGGACAUAUUGUUGCAGCUUACCGCGCUUAUCGCGGGAAAUACUUCGUCACCUGGGAACACUGUUUUUACUUACAAGUGAUCCCUAAUUUUUUCAUGAAUGUCGGCAAUUUCCUCAAUUUAUGCAUUGGCAUCGAUCGACUGUUCGCAGUUCUGUAUCCUCUAAUGUAA